CCAUCCGACGGUCCAAAGUCUCUGCCUUUGACUCUCUCUCUCUCUCUCUCACCCCCUUCGCUUCUACCCACCCACCACAUCCCAAUAACCCAAGAUUUCCCAAACCCACUCAUCAGAUCUCUAUACUCCUCCUUCUCCGAUUGCCAUCUUCUCUCAAACCCGGAUUUAUGGUUGAGGCUCGUAUUUUCUAGUAAUUUUGGAGCUGAAGGAGUAGAUCAAUAUGCCGUGGACGUCCUCUUGUGUGAAUUUUAGCCGGAAGUGUGUUCGAUUGGUGGUGUUCUUUCGUGUCAUACUGUAAUUAAAUCUGUUCCUGCCAACUCUUUUGCUUUGUGAAGGCUUUCUGUGAUUGACUGUUUCUAAUUUAGCAGCUGCUUUUAGAUUGAGAAUGUAUAGGGCAGUUACCCUGAAAAGAUAUCGAGCAGUGAAGGAAGUCGGGAAAAUUAAAAUGAGUGUCGGGAUAAUUGCUUAUUACCAACUGAUGCAAGUUUGCCAGGCUGAGUAUUUCCGGCAGUUGCUCAAACCUGUUACGUAGUCUUAGUGUAGUAAAAGCCUUGGGUCUUGGGAUUGAUUACCUCUGAUUAUUCUCGCACAUUAGAUGGCAGUAUAGCAGCUAUGAAUCGUUGAUUCCGAUAGUGGUUAAUUUGGAAUUGGCAACUCUUUCUGUGCUAGAUCCUUGUUAGGCCUGUGAUUUAGUCUAUUUGUCAUCUUGGGAACAUUCAUAGGAUAGAUAAUUGAAAAUUCCCCUAUUGUACUUUCUUGUCCCCCCCUCAAAAGCCACUGAUAUUCCUGUUAGUGAACUUGUUUAUUAAAAGCAGCACUCAUGCAGAGCGACCAACAACUUUUCCCUCAAAAUUCACUGUUCCCCAUUUCUGAUCAAGUGGGUGGUAGCUGCAUGCAUAAUGCUCUGAACACAUCUGGCUUCGGUGGGGCAGUUUUACCUACAGGUGUAAGCCACUCAAAGCCCUUUCAUGGACUUGAAUUUCAACCCUCAGAGGUCUGCCCUAAGAACUUCAUUAUUUUCAACCAGACUGAGAACAGGAGCCAAAUUAUGUUCCACCCAGCAGUUGCGCCCAGACUCUGUUAUCCUGGUAUAAAUAUGUGUUCAUCAUAUUUCAAUGACAAUGUCGAGAAAGAUAAAAAUAUUGAAGAACUUCCUUCAUCCUUGGAAGAAGAUUCCGAUGACAUUGAUGCACUGCUAAGCUUGGAAGAGGAAGAAUAUGAUGAAGAGGAGGUCAGCACAGCUCAUACACUUGGAAAUUAUGAAAGUGACUCCUCCGAUUCUUGCUCUAAUUAUGGCUCGAAACCCAGAAAGAGCAGAAGGCCGCCUCAUUUACAGAAUUUGUCUGGCAGUGGCAGCAGUUGUAACAGUGAAAGGAAGCGGAAGAAAAUGCGAGAAAUGGUGAAGGCACUUAGAGGAAUCGUGCCUGGGGGCAACAAGAUGAGUACUGUUGCGGUUCUUGACGAAGCUGUCAAGUACCUCAAGUCCCUGAAUGUAGAAGUGCAGAAGGUUGGAGUAGAUAACCUGGAGAAACAAAGAAAAGGUUGAACCUUUGAUCCGGUAACUGUGAUUGCAACUCCUUGUUUUUGCUCUAUUACUACUCCUCUCUUUUUGUCUCUCUAUGAGCAGGUGGCUAUACGAAGGGUGAUUGAUGAUGCAGCGUUCUGCUGCAUGCAUGUAUGUGCACAUGUGAUCUUGCCAGAAAUAUUGUCCAGACUUGUGGAGGAAACAAUAAAUUUCUAGCAGUAUGGUUUAUCUUGCUUCAUGUAGGACUUGAGCUGUGUUGAAUGUUAUAUAUAACUUUUCGUGUAAUAACUCAACUCCAAUGCUUUCUCAACAAUAUGUAGUUUUCAUUC